CUUCACCCUCCCCAAUCCCUUCUAUUAUAUCUCUACCCCUUUGCCCUUUAGGGUUCUCUCAUCACUCAUCCCUAUUUCUCUCUCCAUAUUUCACUUUCUUCAACAUUCGAUUUCUUGAUCUUCUUUACGUUUCUUCAAUCACCUUCAAAUUUUCAUUGUUCUUUGAGAUUUUGAUGUUCUUUUUCUUUCUGGGCAUUCAUGACUUCCAUCUAAAGAUCACUUCUUUGAUCAUUUCCUGCCAUUUUACUUGAAUUAUUGAUACUCAGAUUUUAGUCUUUAUCCAAAUCCAAAAGUUCAAAAAAUUUUGUGGGUUUUAUUUUUUUGAGGUUUUAAUGUACUUUCGCCGUCUGGGUAUUCAAAAUUUCCUCCGAGAGAUCACUUUCUUAAUCAUUUCUUCCCAUUUUUUUGAAUUCUGUUGAUACCCAGAUUUUUUUAAAAAUAAAACUGGAAAAAAAUUUAGGGUUUUAUUCUGAGAAAUGCCCGCAACAGAUUACCAAGGUUCAUCAAGUCCGUUGACGAAUUUUGGCCGUUCAAUUUUGAGUCUGAGGCGUGAUCAAGUUCAUACAAUGGAUGGUUCACAUGAUUCAACAAGUCAAGAAUUUCAAUUAGAAACUUUUCAGAAGCAAGUAGCUGAACAAUUCAAUGAAUUAGCUUCAGCUGGACCAGAUGAGCUACUUUCCCUUUCUUGGGUUCGUAAUCUUUUAGAUGUUUUUAUUUGUUGCCAAGAAGAAUUUCGUAUUGUGUUGUUUAACAAUAAGGGUUAUUUGAAUAGACCUCCAAUGGAACGUUUAAUUGGUGAAUUUUAUGAAAGAAUUGUUAAAGCUCUUGAUGUUUGUAAUGCUAUUAGGGAUGGUAUUGAACAAGUUAGACAAUGGGAAAAACUGUUGGAAAUUGUUUUGUGUGCUUUAGAUAAUCAAAAAACUAUUGGGGAAGGUCAAAUUAGGAGGGCUAAAAAAGCUUUGAUUGAUUUGUUGAUUGGAAUGUUAGAUGAGAAAGAAUCAAAUGCUGCUUUAUCUCAUAGGAAUAGGUCAUUUGGGAGGAACAAUGGGAGUGGUAAAGAUCAUAAGACUGUGGGUCAUUUUCGAUCGCUUUCAUGGAGUGUUUCGAGAUCUUGGUCUGCUUCUAGGCAGCUCCAAGCAAUGGGGUAUAACUUGAAUGCUCCUAGAGCUAAUGAUGUAAUGGCUACUAAUGGACUUGCUGUUGCUGUUUACACUAUGAGUUGUGUUCUUUUACUUGUAAUGUGGGCAUUAGUUGCCGCGGUUCCUUGCCAAGACCGUGGUUUACAAACCCAUUUUUCAAUCCCUAGACAGUUCAUUUGGGCACAACCCGUUUCUUCGAUUCAUGAGAGGAUCUUAGAGGAGAGCAAGAAGAAGGAUAGGAAGAAUGCUUGUGGGUUGCUGAAGGAGAUUUAUCAAACCGAGAAAUGGACUCGACAAAUGAACGAGUUAUUGGAUUCUUUGCAAUUCCCACUUUCGGAGGAGAAGGAGGCUGAGGUUAGGGAGCGAGUCGAGGAACUUAAGCAAGUUUUCAAGACUUUAAAAGACGGAUUGUACCCAUUAGAGAGGCAGGUUCGGGAGGUGUUUCAUCGGAUUGUGAGGAAUCGUACUGAAGGGCUCGAUUCGUUGGGUCGAGCAGGCAGUUCUGAAUGAUGUUUUAGUGAAUUGGCUGUGCUACAUUGGAUAAUUGGAUGAUAAUUAGGUGUUGGUGGGUGUUUUUGUUUCCUAAUUUCAGUUUAUGGUAUGCUGAUUUGAUGAAAGUGACUUGUUUUAUCAGCAUCAAAUAUGUUUGUGUAAAGAAAAAAUAUGGUUCUUUCAGCUGCUUGCUGCAGGUUUUUCUGUGCUUCAGUCAUAUACAGUUGACUCGAUUGUAAUUCGCUUAUUGGGUUCGCAAAAUUCACUUAAAACGGUUCAAAAUAGCCCAAAUUUCCUUUUUUUGGAUUUGCGAGAAGAUUAGCGAAUCAUGCCGUAUUCCCGAGUUUCAGACAGGGUUUUUGCAUCCAAGUUUUGGCUACACAAUGUUGCUGACAUUCAUCCUUGUCACUUUUUUUCUUAGUGUUUUUAUUUUUCUUUUUAUUUUUAUAAUGUACUUAGAAUUUCUUUUUUCUUAGGUCUAUGGAUACAUAUUUUGUAUAAGAAGGAAGAAAAUUCAGAAAAAAAAUAAAAAGAAAAAUGUUGUGAAGUUGAUUUUCUGAAUAUUUUUGUUCUAAUUCAGCUGUAAGGUGUCUGGUUGUAUCUGUAUGGUGCAUUAGUGUAGACUUCUGAGCUUAGAAUACAAGACUCUAAAUACUGAUUGUGUACUGAUUUGAAGUAUAUAUACUAAAAUACUGAUUUGUACGGUCA